GUUGGACAUGCUUGAUAAGUGAACAACAUGGCUACUAAAGAGAUUAAUCUGCCCGCGCUUUACGGGGAAUUAAAUAAAUUAGGGCAAAACGGAGAAUACGAGAAGGCUUUAAAAAUUGCGAAUAAAAUUUUAGGUCUCCAUCAAGAUGAAAAAGCUGCUUUUCACUGCAAAAUUAUUUGUUGCAUUCAACUAUCCAAAUUCAAUGAUGCCCUUCAGUUUAUUAUUAAGAACCCUAAAGUGGCUGUUAACUUAGAUUUUGAAAAAGCCUAUUGCUUAUAUCGACUGAAUCAAGUGCCCGAAGCAUUGAAGGUGGUAGACAAUGCAUCCAAUACUUCAUUAAAGCUUAAGGAACUAAGGGCACAAAUAUUGUACCGACUAGAGAGAUACGAAGAAUGUUUCAGCCUAUAUAGGGAUAUAAUAAAAAAUAGUCAUGAAUAUGAAGAUGAAAGGGAAGCAAACCUUGCAGCUGUAGUUGUUAACUUAGCAAUAGAAGGCUCUAAUGUGGAAGAGCUUGGCUUACGUGAGGAUACAUACGAAUUGACAUACAAUGCAGCAUGUCGUUUAAUUGCUCAAGGUAACAAAGGGGACAGAGCAAUUUUAAUAGAAGCAGAGAGGAAGCUUAGAGCAGCUGAGAAAAUGUGCAAGGAAGGUCUAGAGGAAGAUGGGGUAGCUGAAGAAGAAAUAGAAGAUGAAUUGGGAAUUAUCAGAGUUCAGCUUGGAUGUUGUCUUCAGCUUCAAGGUCGCGAGAAAGAAGCCCAAGCAUUGUACACUUCUGCUUUGAAAGCAAAACCAGAUGACAUAGCUCUGGUAGCAGUUGCAAGCAAUAAUCUUGUAUGCCACAAUAAGGAUCAAAACGUGUUUGACAGCAAAAAGAGGAUGAAGAGUGCUACCCAUGAUAGUUUAGAACACAAAUUAACUACCAGGCAAAGAAGGAACAUUGCAUACAAUCAGUGCCUACUUGCUUUUUAUACUGAUCAGGCAGAACAGUGUCAAUCAUUGUGCAACAAGCUUGCAAAGGACCACCCAGCACUAGCUGCAGAUGCAAUGUUCGUUAAAGCAGUGCAGCUUGGUAAAGAGGGCAAAGCAAAGGAAGCAGCCAAAUUGUUGAUUCAAUAUGCAACUGGAGAAAAAGAGUUGCAAAUGAAAUUGGUGUGCGUCCAGUUGUUGCUAAGUCAGGAUGAGAGACAAGAGGCAAUUGAGAUUCUUGAAAAUUUAAACGAAAGGGACAGAUCACUACCUGGUAUCGUCAGCGCACUUGUGACUCUUCACAUGGCUAAUAAUACUCGUGAGAAAGCGUCGGUCGCUCUUAAGAAUGCCGUGAAUUAUUAUAAGAAAAAUAAGGAAACUACUGCUAACUUGGGAGAGCUAUGGCGGCAGGCCGCUGACUUCUACCUUCGUGGAGGUGAAAUCAAGGUAGCAGCAGAUAUUCUGCAAGAAAUGGUGGAUGCUUCGCCUUCAGACACGAAAACAUUGGCACAGUUAGUAGUGGCUUAUGUACAGUUCUGUCCUGAAAAGGCGCAACUUCUAUCCAAACGCUUGCCGCCUCUUCAUGAUCUUUCCGAGAGAACUGAUGUGGAUGCUUUGGAGAGUAGUAACUGGGUAAUAGGUACAAAGGUGAUCAAGAAAAAGAUCGAACCAUCGCCGGGCAAACCUAAUGUUGAUCUCACAGAAAAGAAACGUAAGAAACGUAAACGCAAGGGAAAACUGCCUAAGAAUUAUGAUCCAAAUGUUCCACCCCAUCCUGAACGAUGGUUACCGAGACACGAGCGUAGCGGAUUUAGAAAGAAACGUGAUAGGAGAAACCGAGAUGUUGCUAUGAAGGGUACUCAGGGUGCUGCGGCUGGAGCUAGCGAUCUGUACGAUAUCACUAAAAUGCCUACGAAUGCUAAGCGUUCCCCUAAUCCACGACUUAGCCCCGCGGUGGAAACUACCGGUCCGCGACAACAACAGCGCAAAGUGCAACAGAAAAAGAAAAAGAAGGGAGGAAAAUGGUAAUCGAGGUUGUUUAUAUUUAUAUUGAUUUUACGUGUCAAAAUAAAAUGAAACUUCCAACACAAUUUCGUCGUUUCUGGCAUUCGUUAUAUUUUGACACGUGGAAUCAUCUUUUAAAGAGUUUCUGACACCAGUAGCCGAACACUCUGUACAUAUAAUCAACUUUUUCAAUUACAUAUGUACCUUUUACGUACAGUGUACUUGCUGCCAUUUUUAA